AGUCAAGGGGGCGACACUCACGACUUUAAAAACAAAAAUACAGUUACCGCCCCUGUUCCCCCGCGUCCCUCGCCGUCGCUAAAUAUCUCUGCGACCAUGCAUCAAGCAAAAUGAAACUUAAAAAGAAUGGCAAGGGAAAAAGAGGAGAAACUCAGGCAGAAGUAGAAGAAAUGAGUCGUACUUACGUCAUGCGCGUGCCGGGAGAGUAAGAGACUGAUUUAAGUGCUGAUUCGUAGGACGUCCGUGUGGUAGGUCCGCGCAGACUAUUGCUGUUUUUCCCUUCCCGUGUGACUGGAGAGUUACUUCGAAAAACUUUAUGCAUAGAUUUCUAGAGUGAGGUUAUAUUUUGGCGUUUAGUUCGAAAUAUAAUAUUCCACAAAUAUUUCUUCUAUCUUCUUUUUGGUAUAAAGUCCGCGUGAAUGGAUUCAGUGCGGAAGUGAUGUCACACAAGAUGGAUAGAUCGGAAGCUGUUCAGCUAGACCUAAAAUUAGCUAUUCCAGUGCCUCGUGUUGGAAACAAGGCCAGAAAUGAGAGGUGCUGAAUGAAACAAUUCACAAACACUUCGUAAUUGGUUCUGAAUAGAUGCUCGAUAUGUUUACGUGAAGUGACAUCCCGCACUGACGUCAACAAGCAGGGGUUUUUUUUACGUGACAUGUCUGAAUGUUAGGACCUUGACUCCGCUGGACCUUAAUUUGGUCAGUCAUUCAACACAACAAAAUGCUAGGUAGCUCUGGUAAAUUCUGCAAUCCAAUGACCGAGAGAUUUACAUCCACGUAGUAUGAAUCAAAACUACGCUCAUUAUUUUCUCCUUUUAACAGCCAACUCAGGUUUUCGAAAUUUCCCGCAUUCUCGCAUCAUGGCGGCUCUCGUUGUUCAGGACAUCCGGGCAUUCAUGAACAGCACGACCUCGGUAUUUCCAGACGACUUCCUCAACUUUUCCACCUCCCAGUUUCCAGAACCGGUGACGGUUCCGGAAUCGCUGCAGACGACCAGGGUUAUCGUUCAGAACGUUUUGACCCCUGUGGUGGCCACGGUGGGCCUUCUGGGUAACAUCUUGAACAUUCUCGUGCUGUUCCAGCCCAGCAUGAGAACAUCUACCAACGUCUAUCUUCUGGUGCUGUCUCUGGCAGACAGUGUCUUCCUGCUCUUCAAUCUGAUACUGUCCAUACUGGACUGCCGCAAGAGAGACUUAACCGACUCAGCCUAUCAUUUCAACCCGUACGGGAGAUUCUUAAGCAAUUACUCCGGCAAUGUGGCCGUGUGGGUGACGGUCGUGUUCACGGUGGAGCGGUACAUCGCCGUCUGCCACCCGAUAAACGGUAAAGUGUGGUGCACGGUGAGCAGGGCCAAGCUGGCCUCCACGGCGGUGACGGUCCUGGUGAUGGCUAACACGGUGCCUACGGUGUUCGAGCUCGAAGUUGUGGACACCGAGACGGGACCUCGCUGCAGCUCGACCCCUUUCGCCAGAAGCUACGGCUACGAGAUCGGCUACUCGUGGUGGUACGUCACCGUCUUCACUUUCAUACCGCUCGUGUUCUUGACAAUCUUCAACACCGUGCUUAUCCGGGCGCUCUUCCUCGCGAGCCGGAAGCGAGAGCAGAUGGCGCUCAUAUCCACCUCCAGGCAGCACCACAAGUCCAACGGGAAAGAGCAUAACAGGAAGACGGCUAACUCCCUGCAUGUCAGCCACAGUGUCAGCCAGUGUCAGAUCUCGGAAAACUUCUCCUCCUUCCACACCUCGGACAAAUCCUCGCCUUCCGCAGCCUCCGUGUCUCUCACCAAGAAGCGGCAGAGUCGGAGAUUCUCCCGGGAGCAGAACAAGGUCACCCUCCUUCUGGUCACUAUCGUGAUGAUCUUCCUGCUUUGCCAGCUGCCCUGGACCGCCUUAUUCCUGUACAAAACGUACCUCUCCGGGAACAACCUGGACGACAGCAGUACCGCCAUCAAGAUAGCCGGAAACAUCUGCAACCUAUUGGGUCUCAUCAACGCCUCGGUCAACUUUUAUCUCUACUCGUGCUUCAGCAAGAGAUUCCGUAGAACGUUGGCCAAGUUGAUCAUGUUCUGGAGACGGAAAAAUUCUUCACCAACCACAGUGUAGUAAAAAAAGUAGAUUCUAGUUGCAGUUGGCGUCUAUGAUGCCCGGAUGUAAUAGGGAAAGAGAGGGAGAGAUAGCUUAGAAAUACAGAGAGAGGGAGAGAGAGAGAGCAAAAGAGAGGGUGGAGGAGGGGGAGAAACGAAAGAGUUAAAGAAAAAGAGAGAGAUCGGAAGAUAUAGAGAAUGAGCUUAGAGAUAUAUAUGGAAAUACGAAAUAAAAGAGGGAGGGGGAGAGAUGGUCUCAAAGGCAUGGCCGGUCCUAACAAUUGCGGGACCCUAUCCAAAUCGGAUUGCGCGGGGCCCAGUCUUGGUAGAUAGAAAAUUGAAUUUUUGUAUUAGAAAAUACAUUCGUCUUCGCAUUUUAUUCAUUCUUUACUAAGUACAAAGUCACGAUCAAAUUAACUUUACUUUACGAGCCCUGCGUGUAGCGAAGUGAACAUUCCAUUUUCUACAUAGAUCUUAGAUUUUAAUAAUAUUUCAGAUGAUUUCCAGGAUUUAAAUAUAUAAAUAAAUAUAUAUAUUUGGAAUUACAGGAGAUUUAGUUAUAAUUGUUUAAUUUAAUAAUUUACACCUAGAAUUAAAGAAUGAAUGAAAGUGCAGGGCCCAUAUCGGCCGCAUAGGAUGCAGUGGCCUAGAGUCGGCCCUGGUCAAAGAGAACGAGAAAGAGGAUUAACUUGGGAGGUAGAGAUGGGAUCAGAUGGAAGGAGAAAGAGGGUAAACUUAGGAGGUAGAGAGGGAGAGAUGGGGGUCAAAGGGAAGGAGAAAGAGGAUUAACUUGGGAGGUAGAGAUGGUGUCAGAUGGAAAGAGAAAGAGGGUUAACUUAGGAGGUAGAGAGGGAGAAAUAGGGGUCAAAGGGAAGGAGAAAGAGGGCUAACUUGGGAGGUAGAAUGAGAGAGGAGAGAAAGAUCGAUAAAUACAAAUUACGAUGGAAAAUAUUUGCAUUACAAAAUUCUUAUGUUGAUCUUGCAUCUAGAAUCAAAAGACAAGCUUGGAUUGGCCUUUAAACGCUUGGACUUGCUCAAAAUACAGAUCACUUAUAACGGAUAUCCCUGAAUACAGAUCUUUUAUAACGGAUAUCCCUAGUGCUCUGUUAUAAUCAUAUAAUAUUGUUAUAUACGUUUGAUCGCUGCCUAUAACGUUACCCCUAAUUUUGUUUUGUAAUAUAAAUAAUUAGAAAUGCUACAUAUGUGUGUGUGUAUAAACAAUUGACAAUGAAAGUCUUGUGGUAUAAUUGUGACGAAUGUCCCUGAAUUGUCUAUCAUGAAAUAAUACCUUCAGUGAAUUUAGUAUGAGUUUGAAUGGUACAUAGAUGUUCAAAUGUAUUUGAAAUAAAUCAAACUCAAUCUCAAUUCAUGUAUUCCUUUAUACGUACUGUGUUAAUUGUGUGCAUCCAAAUGAAAUCAUAAAUCACAAGAAAAACAUAUUUACAAAAGUCAUACAAAAUUUAAUAAAACUACUAGAGACUGAGGUGUUACAAAAAAAACUUCACACAAGCUAAAGAAAAGUUUAACUAUUUUUAUUAAAGCAAGCUCGGCUUUAAGAGUACAAAUUGGAGCAUUCUAAUCCAGGCAGACAUUAUGAUUCAAUUGUUUAAAAUACAAUCAAUAUAGCUAUUCCAACACAAUACUUACAUAACAAUCUUUGAAACUCAAUAAUUUCAAUACAGUCAUUACAGCACAACUAUUCCAACACAAGCAAUCCAAUUCAGCUUCUCUAACU